UUACUCACAGAGGGAGGAGGGACCAGAGAGCAAGAGGUGACCAACAGAAAGGAAGAAAAAGGGAUACCUCAUCUCUCACCAAGCUCCCAGCCAGCGCCUUUCCUUCCCUGCCUGCGUGUACUUCCGGGUCUGUGUGCGAGGGCACAGGGCUUGGCUCUGUAGCCUCUACAGGAGCCAGGAUGGCAGGGCAGCAGGCACUGCUUCUGUUUGGAUUUCUACUGCCUGGGCUCCUGUUCUCAGAGGCUGCCAAAAUCCUGACUGUGUCCCUGGUGGGUGGAAGCCAUUUUCUACUGAUGAAUCAGAUCUCUCAGAUUCUUCAAGAUCAUGGUCAUAAUGUCACCAUGCUUCUCCAAAAGGGAAAUUUAUUGCUACCAGGUUUUAAAGAGGAGGAGAAAUCAUACAAAGUUUUUAACUGGUUCCUGCCUGAAGACUGUAAUGAAGAAUUUAAGAGGUCUUUUCAUUCCUUUAUGGAGAAAACUUUUGUGGGCAGAUGCAAAUUUGAACACUUUUUAAAUAUUAUGGAACUACUAGGGCAUCACUGCAGUCAUUUGCUAAGGAGAAAGGAUGUCAUGAAUUCUUUAAAGAAUGAGAACUUCGACCUGGUGAUAGUGGAAAUGUUUGACUACUGUCCUUUCUUGGUUGCUGAGAAGCUUGGGAAGCCAUUUGUGGCCGUUCUCCCUUCCGCUCUGGGCACCGUGGACUUUGGACUACCAAGUCCUCUGUCUUAUGUGCCAGUGUUCUAUUCCUUGUUAACUGACCAGAUGGACUUCUGGGGCCGAGUAAAGAAUUUCCUGAUGUUCUUUGAGUUCUUCAAGAAGCAGUGGGAAAUCCAGUCUGCAUAUGAUGACACCAUCAAGGAGCAUUUCCCAGACGACUCUAGGCCAGUUUUGUCUCAUCUUCUAACAAAAGCAGAGCUGUGGUUUGUUAACUCCGACUUUGCCUUUGAUUUUGCUCGGCCCCUGCUUCCCAACACUGUGUGUAUUGGAGGUUUAAUGUCCAAACCUGUUAAACCAGUACCACAAGAAUUUGAGAAUUUCAUCACCAAAUUUGGAGACUCUGGUUUUGUCCUUGUAAGCCUGGGGUCCAUGGUGAGUUUCAUUCGGUCCCAGGAGGUUCUCAAAGAGAUGAAUUCUGCCUUUGCUCGUCUCCCUCAAGGGGUGAUAUGGAAGUAUAAUCCUUCUCGUUGGCCCAAAGACAUCAAAUUGGCCCCAAAUGUGAAAAUUGUGCACUGGCUUCCUCAGAAUGACCUUCUGGGGCACCCUCACAUCCGCCUCUUUGUCAGCCAUGGUGGGAUGAAUAGUAUCAUGGAGGCCAUCCAACAUGGUGUGCCCAUGGUGGGGAUUCCCCUCUUUGGAGACCAACAUGAAAACCUGCUCCGAGUUAAAGCCAAAAAGUUCGGUGUCUCUAUCCAACUAAAGCAGAUCAAGGCUGAGACAUUGGCUCUGAAGAUGAAGCAAGUCAUAGAGGACAAGAGGUACAAAUCUGCUGCAGAGGCCGCCAGCAUCAUCAGACGCUCGCAGCCCCUGACCCCUGCCCAGCGGCUGGUGGGCUGGAUCGACCACAUCCUCCAGACAGGGGGUGCAGCCCACCUCAAGCCCCAUGCCUUCCAGCAGCCGUGGUAUGAGCAGUACCUACUGGACGUCUUCUUGUUCCUGCUGGUGGUCACCCUGGGCACCGCAUGGCUCUGUGGGAAGCUGCUGGGCCUGGUGGCCAGGUGGCUGUGUGGGGCCAGGAAGCUGAAGAAGGCCUGAGGCCGAAUGGAGCCUAGGAAGGUGGAGUGUUUGGGCAGACUCAGCAUUUCUUGCAUCUCCAGCCAGUUUUGUCAACCCUGGUUCUCCACAUCCUACCCACUUGCUAUUUUGCUACAAAUUCCUGCUCACUGGCUUCUUUUCAUGACUGCAAUUCUUUACUGAGCCCUUGUAGCCUUGACUGCCAGUCAGCAAGGGCUGUUCUGUGAUUCUGUCCCUACGUAAUUUGGAUACGUGACCAUCAGAUCUGAAGCCUAGAAACUGCCUUCUGUAUCACACCCUUCCUGGCACUGAGCCUGGAGCAUUUCGGUCUCCAUUCCCUUGCACCUUCUCAGCCUCCUUCCCUCAUGCCUCCUCCACCACUUGUCAUGGAAUAACCCCUAAGGCAGGUGCUUUGUUGUUUCUUUUGCUUUCUGUUUGCUUGUCCUGAAAACUCUUGUGGAAGCUCAGGAAGCCUAUCCUGGGCAAGAGCAUUUAGGGCCAGACACACCCUUGCCUGUGUGCAUGGUCUCUGUCUUGGUUUCUGUGGAUCACUCCUUUGCAGUGGAGAAUGCAGGUUAGUCAUGGGCUGAAGUGUCCCUGGUCUCUGCUUUUCAUAGCUGUGAGCUAUCUUCUCAACUUUCCUAUUUAAAAAACGAAGUCAUGAGAAAGAAGAUAAUUUCUUUAUAAACUAAGAAGAGCCUCUACAUAGCUGAGGCUUUCUAUACCUGACAUACUGUUGGAAACUGCAUUCAGUUCAGUUCAGGUGCUCAGUCAUGUCCGACUCUUUGUGAUUCCAUGGACUGUGGCAUGUCAGGCUUCCCUGUCCAUCACCAGCUCCUGGAGUUUGCUCAAACUCAUGUCCAUCGUG